AUGGCUCCACCUCAACCCCAGUCCCAAACCAUUCUAAUCGCCCCCUCUGUUGCUGAUGGGUUUACUCGGAAACUCCUUGAAAAACAGGAUCUGCGCGGUGUUGAGAGCCAUGGCAUAAACCGGAUCCCUUCGUAUCUGGCUCGGAUUCGACAGGGUGUUCUAGACCCAGCUGCCAUACCAUCUCUACGCCAAAUCACCCCAGUCGUUGCCCAAGUAGGUGGACAUAACGGCUUCGGCUUCGUUGCUGCAAAUACAGCCAUGGAACGUGCGAUCGCCAUGGCGAAGGACUAUGGAAUCGGGAUGGUCUCUGUUACGCAUUCAAACCACUUCGGCAUGUCCGCUUUAUAUGUCCAGCAGGCGGUCGAGGCUGAUAUGAUGAGUCUUGUUUUCACAAAUUCUUCUCCCGCACUGCCGGCAUGGGGCGGGAGGGAGAAACUCAUGGGCGUCUCGCCGAUAGCAUGCGGGGCACCCGCCGGCGGCAAGUCAGGGGUGCCGUUCAUACUCGACAUGGCACCGUCUGUCGCAGCUAGGGGCAAAAUUUACAAAGCCCUGCGACGUGGGGAGCGAAUCCCGGACGGCUGGGCGUUGGAUGAGAAUGGAUCCCCGACCACAGAUCCUGCGGCGGCUUUAAAUGGGGUAAUGUUACCCAUAGGAGGGCCCAAGGGGUCCGCUCUAGCAAUUAUGAUGGAUGUUUUUGCGGGCGUUUUGUCCGGUUCUGCGUUUGCUGGGCAUGUUACAGGGCCGUACGAUCCGUCGAAAGAGGCUGAUGUAGGGCAUUUCAUUGCGGUGAUUAAGCCAGACUUGUUUAUGGCGUUGGAGGAGUUUAAAGAGCGGAUGGAUUAUUUGUAUCAGAGGGUUGUCGGGGGGGAUAGGAUGGAAGGUGUCGACAGGAUUUACUAUCCUGGAGAAAUUGAGCUGCUGACUGCAAAGAAAAGGAGGGAGGAAGGGAUCCCGUACGUAACGGAGGAGAUUGAGGCGUUGAACAGAGAGGCGGAUGAGGUGGAAGUUGCGCAUUUGGACGAUAUUUGA